AUGGGGAAAGUUCACGGUUCCCUUGCCCGCGCUGGCAAGGUCAAAUCGCAAACUCCCAAGGUCGAACCCCAGGAGAAGCCUAAGACACCCAAGGGCCGCGCCCAUAAGCGCGAGCUGUACAGCCGGCGCUUCGUCAACGUUACUGUCACUCCAGGCGGCAAGCGGAAGGCAAGGAAGGCGAUGGAUUGUGUUUUAGGAUGUCUCUCGCAAUGA